GAACUCAAGAAGUACAAAAGCAUAAGAAGAGUGGAGUAAACGAAAGGAAGCAGUGAAGCAGUUGAGACUUGAGACACAUGGCUGCUGCGGCUAAACAAGUACAACAGCAACUACUAGAAGAUGAAAACGACAGAUUCUUCGUCGCCGUUCAUGUCGGCGCUGGAUACCACGCGCCUUCCAACGAGAAGGCCCUCAGGUCCGCCAUGAAACGCGCUUGCCUCGCCGCCGCUUCAAUUCUCCGCCAGGGCUCUGGUAGGUGCAUAGAUGCUGUCACUGCAGCUAUUCAAGUGUUGGAGGAUGAUCCAAUCACGAACGCGGGCCGGGGGUCUAAUCUGACUGAAGAUGGUCGUGUAGAAUGUGAUGCCAGUAUUAUGGACGGGAAUUCUGGAGCAUUUGGAGCUGUUGGAGCAUUACCAGGUGUCAAAAACCCCAUCAAGGUUGCUGCUUUACUGGCCAAGGAGCAAAUGAUGGGAUCCUCCCAGUUGGGCCGAAUACCUCCCAUCUUCCUCGUUGGUGAAGGUGCCCGCAUAUGGGCGAAGUCCAAGGGCAUUGCUUUGUCGGCAAGCACAUCAGCUGCUGAUGAGUGGCUAGUGACAGAAAGGGCAAAAGCACAUUGGAAAAAGUACAAAGCAAUGGUAGAUGAUGCAAAAGCAAAGACAGAAACUUCUGCUGUUGGACUUCCUUGUAGUCCUCAAGAGGCUGCUGGAAUUCCAGAAUUAGAAGCUCAACCAUGUGAUUCUUUGAAGAAUAAUGGGGCAGAGGAGGAUUGCAUCAUGGACACUGUUGGAGUUAUUUGUGUCGAUGCUGACGGACAAAUUGCAUCUGGUGCCUCAAGUGGGGGCAUUGCAUUAAAGGUUGGUGGGCGUGUAGGAUUAGCAGCAAUGCAUGGUUCAGGAUGUUGGGCAUCCUCCAAAGGUCUUUUUGGGGCUCCAUGUAUAGUUGGCUGUUGUGUAAGUGGUGCUGGAGAAUAUCUGAUGAAAGGAUUUGCAGCUCGAGAGUGCUGUGUCUCUUUAUCACUUUCACAGGCAGGUCCUGCCUCUGCUUGCAUGAAAGUUUUACGCUCCUUUGUUCAAGUGAGUAAUCAAAAUUGUACUGAUAGAAGUGCUGGAUUUCUAGCUGUGCAAGCUGAUGCUCCUGUGAUGGUUUCAGGAAGUUCUCCAAAGUUAAAAGCUAUUGAGAUUGCAGCUGCUUACUCUUCCUUAUCCUUUGGGAUAGGAUUUUUCGGAAGCUCUAUGGAGCGACCCAAGGUUUCAAUUCUCAGGAGUACAAAAUUGCAAACCAAAACUGGAGUAGACCAUUUUGAAGCACGAAUUGAUCUUUCUCCUAAAAGGAAGCUAUGACUGCAACCCUGGCAUAACAAUUUGGAUUGUGGCAACCAUGUUUGGAGGUGUUAGGUCAUCUGUCUCCAGCUGAUGACUAGUUGUUUCCCAAAGUACGUGAUCAAGUCCGUCCUGAUCAAUUCUGAAAGAAGUGGAAGAGGCUCAAGGGAAAUUUAAAUUACUGUAUGUUCUCCAGUUAAUCACUAGUUGUUUUCCGAAGUGUGUGAACAUAUUAACUCAUGCCUUGUUUAUUAUCGGUGAAUUCUGGCCCCUUUGUCUCUUUCUUAUAUUAAAAACUCAAGAAGUUGUUUAAUUUGGAA